UGUGGGGCGGGGCGGACGAGCGUUUUUUGUGGAGCUUCAGCGGUGUAUGCUCGGCCGCCGCCCCCACUGCUGUGCAGUGUCCGCCCCUCUCCUGCCUUUAGAGGGCACAGGGCACCGCCGGGGCUUGGGGUGGUCGCACAGCCGCCCAACGUCUCCGCUGAGCCACCUUUUCUAUCUGGCGGCUCUUCUCGGCUGGCUCCAGGUCGGGGGUGAAAAUGGCGCCGGCGCCUCGAGGCGUCCGGGAGGAGCCGCUGCUGGAGAGUGGGUCGGGACCGCUUUCCCGGCUCCUUUUUCUCGCCCAGGCCUUCCUCCUCCUGCUGCCGGCUGCCCGGGCAGGCCUCUGCCCCGCGCCCUGCUCCUGCCGCAUCCCUCUGCUGGACUGCAGUCGCAGGAAACUACCAGCGCCGAGCUGGAGGGCGCUGUCUAGCCCGCUGCCUCCCGACAUCGCCAGCCUGGAUUUGAGUCAUAAUCGGUUGUCUCACUGGAACGUCAGCUUGGAAUCUCAAACGUUACAAGAAGUGAGAAUGAAUUACAAUGAGCUAACAGAAAUCCCAUAUUUUGGAGAACCAACCUCUAAUAUUACUCUACUGUCAUUAGUCCAUAAUAUAAUCCCAGAAAUAAAUGCAGAGGCUUUCCAGUUUUACCCUGCUCUUGAGAAUUUAGAUCUCAGCUCAAAUAUAAUAUCAGAAAUCAAGACAUCUUCAUUUCCUCGAAUGCAGCUUAAAUACCUGAACUUGAGUAAUAAUAGGAUAACCAUUCUGGAGGCUGGUUGCUUCGAUAAUUUAUCGAGUUCCUUGUUAGUGGUAAAGUUAAACCGAAACAGAAUUAGCAUGAUUCCACCCAAAAUCUUCAAACUGCCUCACCUCCAGUUCUUGGAACUUAAAAGAAACAGGAUUAAAGUUGUGGAAGGUCUAACAUUCCAAGGGCUUGACUCCUUAAGAUCUUUGAAAAUGCAGCGGAAUGGAAUUAGCAAACUUAAGGAUGGCGCUUUUUUUGGCUUGGAUAACAUGGAAGAACUAGAACUGGAGCAUAAUAACCUUACAGAAGUGAACAAGGGGUGGUUGUAUGGCUUGCGAAUGCUACAGCAGCUCUAUGUGGGCCAGAACGCUGUUGAAAGAAUCAGCCCUGAUGCCUGGGAGUUCUGCCAAAGACUGUCCGAACUUGAUUUGUCCUAUAACCAGUUGACCCGCCUGGAUGAAUCUGCCUUUGUGGGUCUGAGCUUACUGGAGACAUUGAAUUUAGGGGACAACAGAGUCACUCACAUUGCUGAUGGUGUCUUUAGGUUUCUUUCCAAUCUUCAGACACUAAACUUAAGAAACAAUGAAAUUUCAUGGGCCAUAGAAGAUGCUAGUGAAGCCUUUGCUGGACUCACAAGUCUCACUAAGUUAAUCUUACAAGGAAAUCAGAUUAAAUCAAUUACAAAGAAAGCAUUCAUUGGGCUUGAAUCCCUUGAGCAUCUAGAUUUGAACAACAAUGCUAUAAUGUCUAUCCAAGAAAAUGCUUUUUCUCAGACUCGCUUGAAAGAACUCAUCCUGAACACUAACAGUUUGCUCUGUGACUGCCAUUUGAAGUGGUUGCUUCAGUGGCUGGUUGAUAAUAACUUCCAACACUCUGUGAAUGUCAGCUGUGCACAUCCUGAAUGGCUGGCAGGGCAAAGCAUCCUGAAUGUGGAUCUGAAAGAUUUUGUCUGUGAUGAUUUUCUCAAGCCACAGAUAAGAAUACAUCCUGAAACCACAGUUGCCCUAAGAGGCGUGAACGUGACCCUGGCGUGCACUGCAGUGAGCAGCAGUGACUCACCCAUGUCUGCUGUGUGGCGCAAAGACAGCGAAAUCUUGUAUGAUGCCGACAUUGAGAACUUGGUUCGUUAUCAGCAGCACGCUGGAGAAGCUCUAGAAUAUACUAGUGUCUUACAUCUUUUCAGUGUGAAUUUCACAGAUGAAGGAAAAUACCAGUGCAUCGUUACUAAUCACUUUGGUUCUAAUUAUUCUCAUAAAGCCAAACUGACUGUGAAUGAGAUGCCAUCUUUCCUGAAAACCCCAAUGGAUCUGACUAUUCGCACUGGUGCCAUGGCCAGACUAGAAUGCGCUGCACAGGGCCACCCUGCACCUCAGAUUUCCUGGCAGAAAGAUGGCGGCACCGACUUUCCUGCAGCUCGGGAAAGACGCAUGCAUGUCAUGCCUGAGGAUGAUGUCUUCUUCAUUGCAAACGUGAAAAUAGAAGACAUGGGAAUCUAUAGCUGCAUGGCACAAAAUAUAGCAGGAGGCCGCUCAGCAAAUGCCUCCCUCACAGUGUUGGAGACACCGUCGUUUAUUAGACCCCUGGAGGACAAAGCAGUGAGCCGAGGUGAAACUGCAGUCUUGCAGUGCAUAGCCGGGGGGAGUCCUGCCCCUCGCCUCAACUGGACCAAGGACGAUGGCCCACUGCUGGUGACAGAACGGCACUUCUUUGCUGCAGCCAACCAGCUGCUCAUCAUUGUCGACGCCGGGCUCGAAGAUGCUGGGAAAUACACCUGCAUUAUGUCUAACACCCUUGGGACAGAACGUGGUCACAUUUACCUCAAUGUCAUUUCCUCCCCCAAUUGUGACUCUUCCCAGAGUGGCACUGGGCACGAGGAUGACGGCUGGACCACAGUGGGCAUUGUGAUCAUCGUGGUGGUCUGCUGUGUUGUGGGCACCUCUCUGAUCUGGGUCAUUGUCAUUUACCACAUGAGAAGGAAAAGUGAAGACUACAGCAUCACCAACACAGAGGAGCUGAAUCUGCCUGCAGACAUUCCCAGCUACUUAUCUUCCCAGGGAACACUGUCUGAGCCACAGGAAGGCUACAGCACCUCCGAGGCCGGCAGUCAUCAGCAGCUUAUGCCUCCUGCCAGUGGGUAUUUCCACAAAGCCACGGAUGGUGGCACUGCUACCCGGGUCAUCUGCUCAGAUUGUUACGACAAUGCCAACAUCUACUCCAGGACCCGAGAAUACUGUCCGUACACCUAUAUUGCUGAGGAGGACCUUUUAGAUCAGACACUGUCCAGCCUCAUGGUCCAGAUGCCCAAAGAGACAUACUUGGCACAUCCUUCCCAAGAUGCUGCUACCCUGGAGAGCCUGGUCUUAUCAGCAGACAGAGAGGUGUCUGCCUUUCCCACCAACCACGAGAGGAUAAAUGAGAAGAAGCUUCCCUCCACACAGAUGAGCAAUGAAACAUUUCAACGGCCUCUGUGGAACGUAAGCAAAGAGCUAGGCCUGCCUCAUCUUCCCUUUUCCCAGCAACCGGUCCUUGAGUCGCCACAACUUCAUGCAAAUGAGGGCCUGGCAGAGAGUGGUCCAGACUGUUCCGCGUCCCCCACGCCUUGUCACAGGUCACCUGACCAUGCUUUUGAUUUUAGUAGGACUCGGAACGUUCAAGAUGGUAGUGAGGGCACAUGAAACUCAUUCCAGGAUGAAAUCUGGGCAGAGACCCAAAUUAAUUUUGUAUUUACUACCUCAGAGUUCAGAAGACACCCCCGAGUCAGCAUUUGCUUUAGUCUUUGUCUACAGUUACAUCUGACCACACCAAGGUACCCCAAGCAUUUGUUUGGGCUUCUGUCUGACAAAGGAGGAGUAGUGGCUGACGGAAAUGGGUACAUCUGAUAAGAAAUGUGCAGCAGGGGCCGAGGAAGAUACAAGACAAAUGUGUUUCCUGAUGGUUCCAUGGGGAUGUGCCCACGUGUGCAUUGCACAUUAGGAAGAAUCUCGUUGCUGCUUGAUAUGCUGAUUGUCUCAACCCGCAAAGUGACUCUGAGAAAGCAUCACCGUUCUGUUUUGCCUUCCAAAGAACAAAAAUAACUUCGGAGCCCUCUGGGAAGUGCUCCUGAGAGUCCUCGGUGGUGGUUAGCAUAUAGUUGAGGCUGGGGCUUUGAUAUUCAAGGUCUUGGACAAGAAUCCCAGGCUUGACCCACUGUCACCAGGUCAAGGGGUUUUGUAUUCAUGUGAAUAUUUUUUUGGGGGGGAGGUCCCUAUCACCCAGGGAUCUCAUUGUAAAUAUAUGUGCAUUUAUAAAUAAUUUUUGUAUUCAUUGACCAUAUGUGUUGGCUACAAUGUAAAUAUUUUUGAUAUGCCAAAAUUAUAUAUAUAAUCCAGUUACAAUAUUGACAGCAGCUUCUCAGACCACAGAUUUUUGUAUAUCUUGGGUUUAAAGUUUCAAAAAUGUAUUUGUUAAGUAUAUGUAUAGAGGCAGGGUCCCUAGCGAUUGCGUACACACAGACACAAUCCUGGUGUAAUUAACCACUUCAUACCUGAAGGUUCAUACAUCUCAUCAUUUGCCAUCUGUUUAUAAGUGCCAGGUAAUAUUACCUUCCUAGCAUAAAAAGGCUCUUUCAAAAGACUAGCAGUCUUGUCAUAGCCAUAUGCACAUAGAUAAAGGAAAACUUGUUUGGAGAAUAGCUUCUUUCAACAAAGUACUUAGUUGAGAAAGCCAAAGAUUGCUUCUUUUCUGUGUUUGUUUUCUUAUAAUGUCUCUUCUACCGAUGCACAGUGUAUCUUAAGAAGGGAAGAAGGCUUUCGGGAGUGGAAGAACGUGCAGAAAUUCUUACACUAUAAAGCUUUAGAGUGGUCCUUGUUUUGUACAAGUGAUUAUUUAAGCCAAAAAGUUUUCCUGAAUUUCUGAGAGAGAGCUUUAUUUAAACAAAGGACUUAACACUAAUGGAAUGAACUGAGGUUCUUUCUUUGUGCUUUCAGAUUUCCUUACAUAGGCUGUCAUAUGCUGUCCUCUAAAUCUAUUAAGUGUACUGAUUAUGAAUAGAUAACUUCAAUCACUUAAGUGACAAUAUCUAUUUCUGAGUCAUUGUGCAUUUCAAGGGUUCUAAACUCACAUAGUUUCUCAGCUUUUUGCUAGAAAGCCCAGCUGAAUUUCAUACUGUGUCCCCAAAAAUAAGACCUAACCGGAAAAUAAGCCCCAGCAUGAGUUUUCAGGAUGACAUCCCCUGAACAUAAGCCCUAGUGCGUCUUUUAGAGCAAAACUUAAUAUAAGACCCAGUCUUAUUUUCGGGGAAACACAGUACUAGUUUUCAAUCCUAAAUUUUUCUCCGACAGGCAGCAGCACUUCUUUAGUUGUUUUUACCACUAUGCCUUUUUCCCCCCUUUUUUAAACUGUCAGCCUCCGUUCAUUUUCACUUUGAACGUCUUAAAUAUCACUGUUUUCCUAUCCCUUCCAUUUAUGGUCCCUCUUCUUACUUACUAGAUUGUCGUAUAAUUUGCACUGACUUAGACUCAAGAGACGACGUAGUUCCUCGCUCUGCUCCUUACUAGUUGUGUAAUCAAGGGCUAGUUCCAUUACUUCUCAGCCCGAUUUUCUCAUUUAUGAAAUGAGGGCAUUUUACUAGAUGCUCUAAAGCCCUUUCCAGCUGUAACAUUCUAUGAAUCUGUGAUCCCUCCAGGACCAAGGAGGAUUAUGCUACUCUAAUGAAAAGCUGCUUUCAUGAAAUGUUUGUUCGAGUAGAACAAGGGUGAUGCUGCUGCUUACUCUGACUUGAGCCAGAUUUAUUUCCUCUCUAGCAGGAGUAAUGGUACAAGAAAUACUCUUGAGGAGAAGAAAUACUCUGCUUCUAAACAGACUCAGUAAACAGAGACUCUUGACUCCAUUGAAAGCCACCCUUUGCUCUCUAGAACAGCAGGUCUAAAUGCUACUGUUACACCACACCAAAGUUCCAGAAUCCGGAGAGGUGUGCCACAGCUAAUCGGUGGCUAGUUUGUGACUCCUUUACCUUUCUCAUGUGUUCGCGGCUACCCCUGUAACUAUACAGCACUCUCACUCACAUUCUGAGACUUGCCUGAGUGAAAAAGGGUGGAGUUAGAGCCAGACUGGAGGAGAGCAUCAGCUGUUAUGUGUGAGAGGACAAAACAGGCUGUGAACCAGCGUUCUAGGAAACUUCAAAUACGAGUGCUGCGUCUGCUCUAGCAGUGGUCGUUCUGCUGCUGGUGUCAGAGGCCGGUCUCCUGCAUGGCCAGGUUCUCCAUGAUGGCAGCUCACAUGGUUGAGAUGUUCUCCCAGAUAUUUCUGGCUUGCCUUCAUAACUAAACAACUUGCUUAAAAAACUAGUCAGGACUUUGUUUACAUGUGAAUAGCCAACCCCUGUUCUUAAAAAAAAAAGAAUUUGAUAAAUGUUGAUCAUAGGAGGAAUUCCUGAAACUUUUCAUACCGUGUAUGUUUUUGACCAAGCAGUGAUGUAUCUCUCUACUAGAACCAGGAUCGGUGGCUCAUCAGUGUUUCUUUCCAGCACUCUAAUGUUUGCCUCUGGCCAGUUUAAUCAGGGAUGUUGCAAGAAGCACCGCAGACUAAAAUGCUGAGAAAACUACUCUGCCCCCGACUCCGUUACCACUUCCUGUCAGGAGGGAUGCAUACAUUCUGUUCAUUUAUUUGUGCCCCUCUUAGACGGAUUCUUCAAGUCUACCUGGAAGAACUAACAUUAUCCUUGAACUCCAAGCCUUACUGGCUUUCUGUCCCUCAGCAGCUUCUGAAAUGCUUUCCCUAGUAUUCAAGUUACUACAUAGGAUAGGAACGAGCAACACCCAGCCCAGUGUGCGGUCCCGUCUAUGGCACCACCUCAGAAUGCUUUAAAAAAAUGUAUUUUUCUGAAGGUAACUUGCAUGUUUAAAAACAGUUGCCUUCAUAUUGCCCAUUCGGAUUUUGUAAAGGGAACAUUAAGAUGUCAAGCAACUUAGACUCUUACUCAUUUUCCUAAGAAAUGGGAGAUAUGGCAAAAGUCUUUACUUAAAGGAUUAUCAUACAGAAUAAGGAUGAGAUGCACUCUAUUCCAGAAGAACGGGGCAGUGUAUUCAGUGGGGCAGAAGUUACAGGGAGGCGCAGUACAUUCUUGCCAGUAAUUCUACAUAAGCUCUCUCUAACCGUUAGAUUUGUCUGACAAUUGGAUACAGCCUUUUGUGGGAAAAGGACACACAGAAACUAAAGAAUCAUCUGUUAAUAGCAUUGAAGAAAUUUCUGCAUUGAGACGGAACACGAGCAAGAUGACUUUUAGGUCUCUGUUUUAUCAUUGGAAAUCACCAGAAGCAAUUUGAUGUUCUUAAAAAUUUGUCCUUCAGAAUCCUGUCUAUGCAGUAAGUAUAGAGCACUCAAGAAUUUUUUUAAAAAAGAAUUUUGGGUUUGGUUGACAAAAGGAGCCUGUUCUGUGUUAAUGGCUGAAAACGUGAAACUCUGGGCUUGCUUUUCUGAGAGAAUCUAUAACUAGUUAUUAACACAAAUGGCAUUACCAUAGUAAAAAAUUUAAAAGCCUAUAAUGUAUUAUAACCCUCCCUUUUACUCUUUAAUUUUUAUUCCUGUUUCUUCUAAUCAGUGGCACUCCAUUUUGAAUGGGGUUGGAAUUGUGUUCAGUUUUAUACCAAUAUUUUACCCAAGUGAGUUCCAGCCUUUUCUGUUCAUUUGAAUAUCCACAGAAAUGCCAAGAGGGUAACAGAGCAACAGAGGUUAAUUUGCUGUCAUUGUCACUUUAUGCUACAUCCUCCAUUUCUUAUUUUGCUUCUUGAUGCAGAUUACAAAGGUAAUGGACCUUAAAGGUCGAGCCAAGAUUUUUUUGGCAACUUGCAAGUAAUGUUUCAUUUUUCUAUUACAUGGUCUCUUUCCCAGUUCAGUUUGGCAAAUAUUUUUCUUUCCUGCUUCUUCUAACUUACAACUUUUUUGUUUGGAAUACAAUAAACCAACAUCAGUUAGCCUCAAAAUUCUUUCUAUUUUGGACAACUGCCUGGUUUGUUGCAAAAAUAACAAGUUUUGACUUGAGAGAUAUAUUACAAGCUGCUCUUAACAAAACACCUGAAAGCCCACGAAUCAUCUGAAGGUUUUGUGGGUACCAAGGUGUGUGUACGCACGUGUGUGUGUGUGUGUGUUUUAAGAGUAAUAAUGGACCUGCUCCCUCAGUGUUGUGUGGUGUGUUUUUUAGCAAUCCUAAUCUCCACCAAGCGCGUGGGGUGAAGGUGAAAAGCAGUGCAAUUUGAGCCUGUUUUCAAAUGUAAGGAGUGUAAUUAUCAACUGUAAUUGUCUUGAAAGAGAAAUUGAUCAUCAGGUGGUCAAGUGCUCUUGGAAUAUGUCUUGGCUACUUAAAGUGGCCUCUUGAUCUAUAGAGAGACUCUUUCUUUGUACCCCGUCCUUUCCCCCAGUUCUCCUUUGUUCCCUUUGGGAUAUCAGUCUGAGCAGCCCCGGUACCAGAUGUCCCUAAAGAGAGAGAGAAGCCAAGGUGUUGAGUGUGGCCUUUCCUGGUAUCUAUUUAUAUUUUCUCACACAUGAGAAUGUAUAUUUUAUAAAGCAUGUGUUUGUCUACUUGUUUGUCUACUGUAAUAUGUCUUCAAUAAAG